AUUUACCCUUUUCUUUUCGAUUAGCCUAUAAAUACUUGUCAGUUCUACAUAUGUUCAUAAACUUUCUUCAUACUUAAUUGGCUCCAAUACUAAAAAUAUCACUAUAUAUGUGGAAUAAAAUAAUUAGUUUAAUUUUAGUAUUUUUGGCAAUCAUAACCGCCAUGGAAAUCUGCUACGCCGCCAGGGAUCAAAGUCCAAAAGCAGUUGAAAAAUGGGUAAAAUACCUAAAAUACCCCUCUAGCGAAAAGCUCACCAAACUCCACUUCUUCUGCCACCACCUCCGCGGCGCAACCGCCGUCACCAUCGCCAGGGCCGCCGCGACGGCCGCCUCGCCGACGUACUUCGGCCUAAUGGACGUGAGGGACGACCCGCUGACGGUCGGCCCCGACGAGUCCUCUCAGCGCGUGGGCUACGCGCAGGGGAUCUCGGCGGCGGCGUCGCUGGAGGAGAUCUCCUCGUACGACCUCUUCACCUAUGUGUUCACGAGCAGGGAGUUCAACGGCAGCACGCUGGCGGUUCUCGGCAGCUGCCCGCUCUUUGCUCCGUCGUGUGAGGCGGCGGUUGUUGGCGGGAGCGGCGUUUUCCGACUGGCGCGUGGGUGGGUCACGGCGAGGAUCUAUUAUCUCAAUUUCAACGCCGGAAAAGCUAGCCUUGAGGUCAAUGUUGUGGCCCUGCACUACUGAUCGAUCGGUUUUUCA